AUGGAGACCAUUUCAAAUGCACCUUAUUCUGAAAUAGUAUCUAUAGAAGAAGCAAGUUCCCAAGAGUUCUAUGACAUAAGAGUUCACUGCUGGAAGAAUGAAUCUAUUAAUGGUGGCAAAGAAAUUUAUAAACCAAUGCCAUAUGAUGUUUUCAUUCUUUCAAAUAUCAAAUUGGAAACUGUUUCAGAUCUCAAGAGAAAUGGGAGUUUAUUUAAUCUCUGUUCAAUUGUGAAAGUUGAGGAGGAUGGUGGAUCAACAACAGAUUUUAAAGUCAGAGCAUCAAAGCAUAUUGAAAUUUCUGAUGGCAUGAAACAGUCUCUUUUUAUGAUUUUUUUGGGAAACAUAACUACAAACAGUCGGAUUUGGAAAUCUCUUCAUGUUGGUAGUCUUGCCACUGGAAACUUAACUAUCAUCAAAGAUGUCCUUUGCCCUGAUUCCUCGGUUUGUGAUGCUUGUGUCUUAUGCUCUUCAGAAAGCAGAAAUACAAAUAAUAUGUGUCUGGAUGGAGCUUCUGAGUUGAAUGAUCUGCAGAUUAGUGCUGUACUAGGAUCUAUUUCAGAAAUGCAAUGUAAUCAUAAGUGUUCAGUCAAACUUAUUUGGGGACCACCUGGAACUGGUAAAACUAAAAUUGUCAGUAAAUUGCUUUGGGCAGUUUUGGGAAUGAAACAUAAAGUACUUACAUGUACUUCAACUCAUGUUGCAAUAUGGGAAGUGACAUCUUGCCUUCUGAAGGUUGCUAAGAAGAAUAAACAAGGCAGCAGAGGAACAAUACCGCUAUAUACCAACUGGGAGAUAUUCUCUUCAUCAUUUAUUUCCAGAAAAGAAUUUGAGGAUAUGGCUACACUGUUGAAUGAACUUGAAAAUUUUAAAAAAUUGCUCUCUGAAGCAUCUUUUGUUGAUAAAGAACUGCAAGAAAUUUUCAUGCAGCUUGAAGGAAAUAGAUUGGAUAGUCUUCAAGGUUGGCAAUGCAAAAGUUCUUUGCAAUUUCUAAUUUGCGAGGCCAGAUGUGAAUGCCUUCGUUUACUGAAAGCUGUUAAAGAUAGCAUCCACAUUUCUUAUUUUCAUGAGAAAAAUCUGAUUCGGGAAUUCUGUUUGCAAAAUGCUUCCCUCAUUUUCUGCACAGCAUCAUCUUCUUUUGAAUUACUCUCAGUUCAAAUACAACCUCUGGAUUUAAUAAUUAUUGAUGAUGCUUCCCAAUUGAAAGAAUGCGAAUCAGCUAUACCCUUGCAACUUCAGGGCCUCAAGCAUGCAGUUCUUGUAGGUGAUGAAAAUCAGUUGCCUGCAAUGGUUAAAAGCAAGGUUUCUGAAGCUGCUGGUUUGGGACGGAGUCUGUUUCAAAGGUUGAGCUCUUUAGGAAUCUCGAAGCAGCUCCUUGAAGUUCAGUACCGAAUGCAUCCUUCGAUCAGCUUAUUCCCAAAUGCUGAGUUCUAUUCUGGCAAAAUGUUGGAUGGUCCAAAUGUCAAAACUAAAGCUUAUGAAAGACAAUUUCUUCCAGGAAUUAUGUUUGGGCCCUUUUCAUUCAUAAAUGUCACUCAUGGGGAGGAAGAAGUAGAUGAUGUCAGUCAUAGCAUAAAGAAUAUGGUAGAGGUUGGUGUUGUUCUGCAAAUUGUGAGGAGACACUGCCUUUGGAUUGUUGGGAAUGGUGAAACUAUAGUAAAAUGUCACUCCGUAUGGGAGGCACUUGUUCGUAGUGCAAAGGAUCGUGGAUGUCUCUUUGAUGCUGAUCAAGACAAGAUCUUGGCCAAGGCCAUUUUGGAUGCUAAAUCAGAAGAUUGUGUUGAUAAUUUGCUCAAUUCUGACUCAAUCCUUCUUGCAGGUGCUAAAUGGAAGGGCGAUGGUUGUGCAGUUGCGCUCACAGUCAUUAGAGAAGAUUGUUUGCAAGGGGAUUCGGAUUGGUAA